GUCCGCACCAGAAAUCUCACGCUCUGCCACCCAGCGAUCCUCAAGGAGUUCGUGCACGAUCUUCAGCGCCAGUGCAUGUUGACUGAUGUCCUCUGAUGCACGAGGACAGCUCUGUGAACGCGGAGCUCGCGCUUUUGUUUAGUUAGUUUGUGUGUGUGUGUGUGUGUGUGUGUAUCAAGGGACUGAGAUCAGGAGAGCAGCAGAAGUUUCCACUCCUCUACAGGAAUGUCCCAGAAGGAGAGACCGAGUUUCUAUCGACAGGAGCUCAAUAAGACCAUAUGGGAGGUGCCGGAGCGGUACCAGAGUUUAUCGCCCGUGGGUUCUGGAGCUUAUGGAUCCGUAUGCUCCGCGUUGGACGCAAAGACAGGCCUGAGGGUCGCAGUCAAGAAGCUGUCCCGGCCCUUCCAGUCCAUCAUCCACGCCAAGCGCACAUACAGAGAACUGCGGCUGCUGAAACACAUGAAACACGAGAAUGUAAUUGGUCUUCUAGAUGUGUUCUCGCCCGCUACCAGUCUCGAAGAAUUCAAUGACGUGUAUCUGGUGACUCACCUGAUGGGAGCAGACCUCAACAAUAUCGUCAAGUGCCAGAAGCUGACAGACGAUCACGUCCAGUUCCUCAUUUAUCAGAUCCUCCGAGGAUUGAAGUACAUUCACUCAGCAGACAUCAUCCACAGAGAUCUUAAACCCGGUAACUUGGCUGUAAAUGAAGACUGUGAACUGAAGAUUUUGGACUUUGGUCUGGCCCGGCUGACUGACGAUGAGAUGACGGGAUACGUUGCCACCCGAUGGUACCGUGCACCGGAGAUCAUGCUCAACUGGAUGCACUACAACAUGACAGUGGACAUCUGGUCGGUGGGCUGCAUAAUGGCUGAGCUCCUCACAGGACGGACGCUGUUUCCCGGCACUGAUCAUAUAAACCAGCUUCAGCAGAUAAUGCGACUGACGGGAACCCCGCCGGCCUCUCUAAUAAGCCGGAUGCCGAGCCACGAGGCAAGGAACUACAUCAACUCUCUUCCGCACAUGCCCAAAAGGAGCUUUGCAGAUGUGUUUAUUGGUGCAAAUCCAUUAGCUGUGGACCUGCUGGAGAAGAUGCUGGUUCUGGACACGGAUAAACGGAUCACCGCGUCAGACUCUCUCGCGCACCCGUACUUCUCCCAGUAUCACGACCCAGACGACGAGCCCGAGGCAGACCCGUACGACCAGAGCUUCGAGAGCCGCGAUCUAGAGAUCGAAGAGUGGAAACGGCUCACGUACGAGGCGGUGGUGAGCUUCGAGCCUCCGAUGUUCGACGGAGACGAGAUGGAGUCGUGAGGAGAAUCA